GGGAUCUUAGUUGGCAGAGCGGGAAGAUCCCUCGGUGGAGACCAAGGCGACCUGGCGGGGCGGAGCCGGUUCUGGGGGCAGCCAAUCAUAAACCGCGGCGGCGAUGCCACGCCCUCGGCGCCCAGUCUUACAAGGGCGAAGAAAGGGCGUCGGGAGGUCCAGUUGGGCCGGUCCUGACCCCUGUUGUUGGCCUCCUGAGUAUAAUAUUAAUACUUUGGAGCGUUCGGGAGUGGAAGGGACCCGCGCUCCGCUGUCUUACGCCUCCACUCGGCGCUAUCCUCGCGGUGGGUCCCGCAGGCCUGUGCGGCCCCUUUCAGAGCCUCCCGGGUCGCACGCGUGAGGGCGAGGCUUUCCUUCGUCUCCGCAGACCGCUCUCCAUCCGCACUCCGGCCACAAUCCAUGGCCAAGCAGUUGCUUCGGGCCGGCUUGACCCUGGCGCUGGGCGCAGGGCUGGGUGCAGCCGCCGAGGGCUGGCGGUGGCGGCGGCGGGCGGACGCAUGGGCGGCGCCGGGGCUGCUGAGCCGGCUGCCCGUGCUGCCUGUGGCGGCGGCGGCCGGGCUUCCCGCCGUGCCCGGGGCUCCGACGGGCGGCAGCACCGGCGAGUUGGCGAAGUACGGGCUGCCCGGGGUGGCGCAGCUCAAGAGCCGCGAGUCGUACAUGCUGUGUUACGACCCGCGCACCCGCGGCGCGCUCUGGGUGGUCGAGCAGCUGCGGCCUGAGAGUCUCCGCGGCGACGGCGACCGCCGCUCCUGCGACUUCCACGAGGACGACUCGGUGCAUGCGUAUCACCGUGCCACCAACGCCGACUACGGGGGCAGCGGCUUCGACCGCGGCCAUCUCGCCGCCGCCGCCAACCACCGCUGGAGCCAGAAGGCCAUGGACGACACCUUCUACCUGAGCAACAUCGCACCCCAGGUGCCCCACCUCAACCAGAAUGCCUGGAACAACCUGGAAAAGUACAGCCGCAGCCUGACCCGCACCUACCAAAAUGUCUAUGUCUGCACGGGGCCUCUCUUCCUGCCCAGGACGGAGGCUGAUGGGAAGUCCUAUGUGAAGUACCAGGUAAUUGGCAAGAACCACGUGGCGGUGCCCACCCACUUCUUCAAAGUGCUGAUCCUGGAGGCAGCAGGCGGGCAGAUCGAACUCCGCUCCUAUGUGAUGCCCAACGCGCCUGUGGAUGAGACAGUCCCACUGGAGCGCUUCCUGGUGCCCAUCGAGAGCAUUGAGCGGGCCUCGGGGCUGCUCUUUGUGCCAAAUAUCCUGGCACGGACAGGCAGCCUUAAGGCCAUCACUGCAGGCAGCAAGUAAAGGCAGCCCCAGCCAGACUGUGGGGUCGGGGGGACUGGGUCGAAUUAAAGGUGUUUAUUUUUGGAGACAA